AUGGACAACCACAAUGACAGUUUAUUGCAGACUGAUUGUUGUUCUUUGUCUCUGUUAGAUGUGAUCAUUGAUGUGGAUCUGAGGAGUCAUGAAAACAACCUGGCUCACCGCACCAGGGACAUUGACCGGGAGCGCCUGAUUGUCCGCAGGGGUCAACCCUUCUCCAUAACGUUGCAGUGCUCUGAGUCUCUGCCCCCCAAACACUACCUGGAACUGGUCCUGCACCUUGGGAAGAGAGACGAGGUAGUGACUAAGGUUCAGAGGGAGCGUGGCGCCGGAGACAAGUGGUGGUUUGACCAGCAGGGAGUGCAGGAUGAGCUGCUGCUGACUCUGCACAGUCCAGCGGACGCUAUCAUUGGCCAGUACCAUCUGUCUGUGUUGAUGAUGUCACCGGAUGGACGCAUUCGAGAGAAGACAGACAAAGUUGGGUUCCACCUGCUCUUUAACCCCUGGUGCAAAGAUGAUGUGGUUUUCCUCCCCGAUGAGAGUCUGCUUCAGGAGUAUGUUAUGAAUGAAGAUGGAAUCAUCUACAUGGGAACAUGGGAUUACAUCAACAGUAUUUCCUGGAAUUAUGGACAGUUUGAGGACUAUGUGAUGGACAUCUGUCUCGAAGUCCUGGACAACUCCAACGAAGCCCUGAAGAACUUGGAGAUGGACAUUGAACUAAGAUCCGACCCUGUCUAUGUCAGCAGGAUGAUCACUGCCAUGGUGAACUCUAAUGGAGACAGGGGUGUGUUGACCGGUCGCUGGGAAGAGCCGUACUCUGAUGGAGUCGCACCGCAAAGAUGGACCGGCAGUGUGCCGAUCCUCCAACAGUGGAGCAAGGCCGGGGGGAGAGCAGUCAAAUACGGCCAGUGCUGGGUGUUUGCUGCUGUUGCCUGCACUGCGCUGCGCUGUCUGGGAAUCCCAACACGCCUCAUCACUAACUUCUCGUCAGCCCAUGAUGUUGAUGGAAACCUCUCUGUGGACUUCCUGCUGAAUGAAAGACUGGAGAGCUUUAAUGGAAGAAACCAGAGGGACAGUAGCUGGAACUUCCACUGUUGGGUGGAGUCCUGGAUGAGGAGAGAUGAUCUCCCCAAAGGAAAUGAUGGCUGGCAGGUUUUGGACCCAACCCCUCAAGAAUUGAGCGAUGGUGAGUUUCGCUGUGGUCCCUGCCCAGUGGCAGCCAUCAAGGAGGGAAAUUUGGGAGUAAAGUACGACGCUCCAUUUGUAUUCGCCGAAGUGAACGCUGAUGUAAUCUAUUGGAUUGUCCAAAGAGAUGGCGAACGAAGGAAGAUCAGAGUGGACCAGGCAACUGUGGGGAGGAACAUCAGCACCAAAAGUGUUUACGGCAACCACAGAGAUGACAUCACUCUACAAUACAAAUAUCCAGAGGGAUCCAAGAAGGAGAGAGAGGUGUAUGAGAAGGCUGGACGACGGGUCACAGAGCCGACCAAUGGGAGCACAGAACCAGGACAACUGAAGCUGUCAAUCAAGCAUGCAAAGCCUGUAUUCGGGACAGACUUUGAUGUGAUUGUUGAGGUGGAGAAUGAAGGGAGCAGUGACGCUCAUGCUCAGCUGACCAUGCUGGUCAUGGCUGUAACUUAUAAUUCUCUCCACCGGGGGGAGUGCCAGAGGAAAACAAUCAGCGUGACAGUGCCAGCUCACAAAGCCCACAAAGAAGUGAUGCGUCUCCACUAUGACGACUACGUCAGGUGUGUCUCUGAGCAUCACCUGAUCAGGGUGAAAGCCUUCUUAGACGCUCCGGGGGAGACUGAACCCAUCAUGACCGUGGCCAACAUCCCACUGAGCAUGCCUGAACUCCUUGUGCAGGUGCCUGGAAAAGCUGUUCUGUGGGAACCAGUGACAGCCUACAUCUCCUUCACCAAUCCUCUACCAGUUCCUCUGAAAGGUGGUGUGUUCACUGUGGAGGGGGCUGGCUUACUCUCAGCCACUGAGAUCCAUGUAAAGGGGGAUGUAUCUCCAGGUCAGAAGGUGGCUGUCAAGCUGUCCUUCUCACCUGUGCGCACCGGGAUCAGGAAGCUCCUGGUGGACUUUGACUCUGACAGACUGAAGGACGUGAAGGGAGUCAGCACUGUGGUCGUCCACAAGAAAUACCGCUCCUUAAUUACUGGACGGUAUUAAAAGCGUUCCAGCUGAUUACUCCAACACUUCUUGUAUUGUGAGCAACAUGGUCUCACAGG